AUGUGCGACGUUUGCGACUGUGAGGUUCAAAGUCUGCUAUCUACCCGCUACACAGACUUUGAUGUGGAAAGCCUUCCAUCCGACCGAAGUACUGAUUCGUACAGCUUGGACGACUUUCGCAGAGGUCCUGAGCAUUGGAAGCCGGAUGCAGUGUGGACUGCCGCUCUAGCAGCUGCGCGGUUCAUCGCAAAGUACAAGGAGCACCGAAAGGCACCCACAGCGCACCCAGAACAAACCUGGAUCGUUUUCGAUUGGGAUGACACGCUGAUGCCUACCAGUUUCCUUGAUGAUUUGGAGAGGAUGAUGCCCAAGAGAGGCCUUGGGCAAAGGCAGGGCUCAAAACAGGCCGGGCUGCCGCGAGACUGUCCCUGCUUCGCGGCCAUGGAACGACACGCCGACCGCGUCCGCUCCAUCCUGCGGACAGCCCGCUCCCUUGGCAACGUGGCCAUCGUCACGAUGGCCGAGCGGCCUUGGGUGCCCGAGUCUGCGUCCCAAUACCUUCCGGGCCUCGAUCUGGAAGUGCUGCUCUCCGAGCUGGACAUCCCAAUCCUGUAUGGCCCCGAGUUCAUGGGCUCCAUGAACUCCUGCGACACCUCUGUGCCUGAGGGCGAGGGUGACGUUUAUGUUGCAUCGAAGUGUGCUGCCAUGCUCGACUUCCUCAAGCAGGGUGCAGACAGCCCAUGCAACUUGAUUUCCAUCGGAGAUUCGACAAUCGAGAAGCAUGCGGCCAAGCAGGCUUCGCGUACCCUGGGUGCCAAGAACCCGCAGUCACUGUGCAAGACUGUGAAGCUCCUGACUGACCCCUCCUUGAAGGAGCUGUCCAGUGAACUGGAGAUUGUACAGAUGUGGCUGGAACGACUGGCUCGACACUUUCAGCCGGUGGACGUCGAUGCGGAGACAGUGGAGGAGCUGGAGUCGACUGUGCAGAGGCUACUUGUGGUCUAG